AUGGAAAUCACUACAGAGUUGGGCUUUGAUUUUCUGAAUCUUCAAACGGGUGGGAUAAUUAGAAAAGAACUCAGCGACCUGGAGAGUCUCCUCAAUACUCUGAGUACCACACUCGAUGGGGCUGCUUCGAAGAAGGCAGCCGCCUGGCUCGAUCAGUUGACCCGAAACGCUCUCAGUCAGGGUCACACCCCGCUAAAAAUUACCGGCGACGAACCGUUGUCACAGGCAGAAAGACAAAUCUCCCAGGAUUCUCUGCCAGCAUGCAUAUAUCACCACGCAUCGGACAAGAUGGUCGAGAAUCUACGAUACGAGCUAGCUUCACAGAUAAUAGUCACCUUCGAUCGAUUCUACCGGGAGAACAAACCAACCGAUAUACAGGAGCUCAAGGAUACUAGGCAUCAGCUGAAGGUUACAUUGAGUGCUCUGGACGAAUCAAGAGAGAAGGCAGCGGAAUUUGAAACGGCACUCUCGGAUGAAAAGCGCAAAACGAAGGAGCUGGAAUCACGUUUGGAAACAGUUGAAGGCAGGUUCGCUGGAAAAGAAAAAAGUUUGAACGGCAAGUAUCAUGAGCUUGUAAAGGGCUACUACAACAACGUACAAAAAUUGGUUGAAGGACGUGUGUGCGACGAGAAAGCGAAGCUUGCUGAGCGACUUAGCAAAGCGGAAGCAAAGGCUUUGCUUUACGAUCGAAUCCUUGACGAGAAAGAGGUACAGCAAGCCAGGGCUCUGCAGGGUGACCAAGAGAAAGCGCUACUAAGGCGGACAAAAUCGGAAUUAGAGAAGAAGUACAAGGACCGCGACGACGAAGCCAAAGCUUUCAAGGAAGGUUACGACCAACUCAGCAACGACAACCAGGUUCUCCAGACUGAGAAGGCUGUACUCCAGACCGACUACGAUGAGUUGAAGAGAGAGAACGAGAAGCUAUCAAGAGAACACACACCGAGCCCCAUGCCGCAUCACGAGAACCAGCCGACAGUUGCAGACCCGCACAUCCCCGAUACAGCAGUGGUGUUCGCUCGUCAAGUCGCCGAACUCCAACACCUAGACGGGCUUGCAACCAUCUGGCAGAACACUCUAGACACUGCGACUGCCGAUGUCAACGACUCAAAAGAUAAGAGGAAGGCACUUGAGGGCAAGGUACAAGAAGCUGAGCAAGCAUUGAAAGAGUUGAAGCCCGCGCCAAAGUCAAAGCCUUCUCGCGCGUCAAGCACCAAGACCGGAUCUAGGGACAUUCGCGCAGCAGAGCCAGCAGCCGUUGGUGGCGCAUGGACUGGCCGAGCUGUUGUUCAGUCGUCUGUCAGCCCACCUGUUACACUGCGCAAGGUCCCUCACGUCGCAGAAGCCUUUCCUGCACUGAGCUCCCCAGCAGUACCCAAAACUACUCCGUCAACCACUUGGAAGAGUCUUCGUCUCGUCGACACACCGAAAGAAGAGAUCAGAGGCGCUGUGAAGAAGUCUGGCUAA